CCUCCAAGAGACAAGUUAAUUCCGUGAGUUGUCAAGUGCUGCGCUUACCUCUAAAUAUGCAGAUGAUAUGCUGUCCAAUAGAUCUUUUGGAGCGUUCAUUGAUGCUGUAAUUAGUGUGCCAGGUCGCAUACUCCCACGCAAUACGGGGAUCUUCCGCACUUUAAGCGUAGACACGUUGGAACUACUUAAAUGUAGAACGACGGGGAGUUUCCAGCUCUAUACUCCCCCCAUGCCCACGUUACCCAGUGCUCUCGCAGAAAAUAUCAGUAUAGCACCCUCAGAUGUGUAUAGGAUAGCAGGACCUCUGUUGAUUGGCUGUUUCCUGAAUUGUACAUUAUAUGGCGUUCUGUGCAAUCAAGUCUACAUAUACUACAUCUCCUUUCCAAAGGACCGUCUGGUGUCGAAGAUCGUUGUAUAUGUGCUCUGGCUGACAGAGACCGUUCAGACUAUUAUCAACAUCGCCGAUACUUUCAAAGUCUUCUGUUACGAUUUUGGGAACCUUUCUGAACUUGAUGACGUCCAUCUCUCAUGGUUCAGCGUUCCUAUUCUCUCCGGAUUUGUUGGCUGUGUCUCCCAAUUAUUUUACGCCUGGCGGAUGUAUAAAUUCAGUAAGAAGGCGCGAUGGAUGAGCGUUACCCUUUCGAUGAUCGCUUUUAUUCAAUUUGCGGCUGCGAUUGCUUGCGGCAUCGAGGGACGGAGAUAUGAUCACUACUCAGACCUUCGGAUGGAUCCGAAGGACAGGAUGGACACAAUGAUAUGGUUGGGUGGGAGCGCUUUGUGCGAUACUGCCAUUGCUUUGUGUAUGACCUACCUUUUAAGUCGAGCUCAUACGGGUUUCAAAUCUACUCGGAUACUUCUUUCCAGGCUGAUACGUCUGACCAUCGAAACCGGGACAGUAACAGCUACGCUUGCUGUCAUUGACAUCGCGCUCUUUCAAGCAUAUCCCAACCAUACGUAUCACACUGUCCCGGCGAUCUGCUUGGUAAAGGUCUAUUCGAAUACCGUCCUUGCUGUUUGCAAUAGCCGUAUGACGAGGCGGAUUCGCGGAGGGAGGGAAGAUGCAACCAUUGACGUAUGCAAGUCUUUUGAUUUGUCAAGUGGCGGAUUGAACAUUGCCGAGUUUCAAGGCAUGCAGACCGACACAAAUGCAGAGUCUUUGCAAUUUGAGUGUCCCCAGGGAGACGAAAGAAAGAAGAAGGCUAUUGGGCUGCUUCCUGCCGACGGAAAUAGCCCAACGGUGAAUGUGCUAAGCGCAAAGCCAACGUGAAUGGUCUGGCUUUCGAUAUGCAUUGAUUAGUACUCGCGCGGACAAUUUUGUAUAUAACUAUAAUCAUCAUGCGGACCAUCAACCGGUAUACGGCGGGAGAAGACUUGGAAGUGGACUUGAGUGAUACUCGUGAAGAUUUUGUUUCCCAAAUAAAGUUUCCU